CAGUAUCAGUGCUCGAUGUUUGUUGUCCAUUUUCCUAGAAGCAAAUCCACGGACAAAUACUAUCUGAGCUUCAGUCCAUCUUCGAGUGUUUGGCUUGAAGUCAUAUCCUUAAAUAAACCUUCUAUAUAUUGGCUCUGAUUAGAACUCGCUACUUAAGGAACCCGAUCAUUCUUUUGCAUUAGUUUUAUCAGUUAUUUCCACAAGAGGGAACUUUUCGGCAACUCAACAUGUGCAAAACACAACUUUAUCAGGAGGCUUCAAUCGUGUGCACUUGCCUUUUACAUGAGGACAAACCACUCACCAUGAAAGAAUUGAACAAAGCUAAAGUUUACAAUUUCGACUUUAAGUAUGGCCAAAAAUCGUCGUGGGAUUUCAUCGACGAACUUGCUGCCAUCGACCUGAGCAUGAUGCAAAGUCCUAAAGUAAACCGCCACCGUCAUCGGAGGAUCAAGCGAAGAAAGUAUCCUAAGAGUAGGUUUGUUCCUAGUUUGGAGAACAUUAAAGAGAACGAACUGUUUGUAUCACAGCUGGAUCAUUUGGAUAGGAUCACCAAAGAUCUAGUCUCCAUUCACGAAGAACGAGCUCUGAAUUGUGGGAUACAACCAGUUAAGGAAGAAGGACGUCGCCAUCACAAGAAACGACACGUGAGAGGCACUAGUAGGAAGGCGUAAUGUGAAAGGAUUCCCGACAAUGACCAUCUUCGGCCGCAUGAAUGGAACGUGUAUGUCGAUUCGCUGAGCCUUGCGUGCUAAAGGCGAGGACGCCAUCCAAUGUCAAAAACGGUCUCCCUACAGAUUGUUGAAUGAUAAGGAGGGAACUUGUAUUCGGAAGAAAGAACACAUUGGUUGUGAGACAAACCCGAAUUUGUACGAUGGGUUCUCAGCGAGCUCUAACAUUCCUUGAAGUUAUUGUAAAGUAAUGGCCAUGCAGAGACUGCCAUGGCAUUUAUUUCCAUUAAUUAGAUAUCUGGUUUUCUCGGCAUGCUAAAGAAUGGAAACUAUCUUGUGAAUAAGUAGAUUCUUCUUAAUGUCUCUUAGAUUCUGCCUGAACCUCACAAAUCAAAGAUCAAGAAACUUUUAGACAUAAAAGAUUAAUCAUUGAACGCUUAAAAACACUCCGUGACUUUUAGCACGUUCUUGGUUUUCACUUAUCAAGGUUACAUUCAUAGACAUUUGUUUCCACUGAAAUACAAAGUUACCUGUGAAGGCUAAAAACACUUUGUGGGUAGGUUGCAGUUGCUAUUAUGUAGGGACACUGUAACUCGAUUUUUUUGAGAAAGUUUUGGGCGAUAUUUAGCGUAACUAAGGCGUUGAUUUAGAUAUAGACCGCUUACUAAUGAGGGCAAUUAAUUAGUUCCUAGAAUUUGAAGUAUCUGGUCCUGUAUCAUAAUGUUUUGACUGUGUUGUGACCCAACUAUAUAUGUAUUGUACAUAAGACAAAAUAAAUGAUAUGGAAACUAAAAG